AUGUUUCAGUCACCUCUUCUAUAUUUACCUAACAUUUUCUACUACCCAUCCAGUACUGGUGGAGACAACAUUGAAAGAAGCAAGCAAUUGCAAAAAUCAUUAUCGGAGGCCUUAACAAUCUUUUACCCCUUUGCUGGAAGAUACAUUGAUAACAGUCUCAUAAUUGAUUGUAAUGACGAGGGAGCUGAAUAUGUGGAAACCCAAGUAAGUGGCUUCCUCUCACAACUUCUUGAAGGAGGAGAACUUGAGACCGAGCUUCGGAAUCGUUUGGCUCCAAUUCCACAUCGACCUGCAGACGGCCCUAUAGUAUUAGUUCAGUUCAACAUGUUUGAAUGUGGUGCGGUGGCCAUUGGUGUAUGCAUCAAACACAGGGCGGCCGAUGCCAGUUCAGUAUUUGCAUUCAUUAAUGCUUGGGCUACUGCAGCUAGAUUAGGGGUUGAUAAAGUACGUACCCCAAGUUUCCAGUUAGCUUCCUUCUUCCCACCAAGAGAUAUACCUACUUUUACCCCAAACUUUGGAGAGAAAAAGGCUGAGAUUCAGAAGAGGUUUGUGUUUAACACUGCAGCCAUAUCGAAACUGAAGGCUGUUGCGAGUGCCAAUAUUAAUGGAUCGCGCCAGCCGACACGAGUGGAGGUCGUGACAGCAAUUAUGUGGAAGGCUCUUACAAUGGUGGCUCGAGCGAAACAUGGUCGGUUAAGGCCUUCCCUCUUGGUACAUUCAUUCAACUUGCGAGGGAAGACUGCAAUGCCUGUACCAGAUAAUUCUUGUGGGAACUUUACAAACCCGGCACUUGCACGUUUCACAGCAGAUGAUGAUGAAAACAAAGUGGAACUUCAUCACUUUGUAGAUCGUGUUCACGAUGGAAUAAGGAAGAGGGUAACAGAUUCUGCAAAGAUUUCAAGUGAUGAUGACUUGUUUUCUUCGGUGGUCAACACCAAGACUGAGAUGAUCGAAGCAUUUCACAGAAGCGAUGCAGAUUUCUAUAUGUUUAAUAGCUGGUGUCGGAUGCCGGUGUAUGAAGUAGAUUUUGGCUGGGGAAAUCCUGGUUGGUUUAGUGCAGUGGCUGUCCCUGGUCAUAAUAUGUUUCAUUUCAUGGACACUAAAGAUGGUGAUGGAAUUGAGGCAUGGGUGAGCUUGGAAGAAGAUGACAUGCUGCUUUUCCAAGAAAAUCCUGACAUUAAGGCAUUCACGGGCCAAGAAUAA